AUGUCUCAAGACGUUGCAGUACCAGCAGAAGCCUCGUGGUCUCUUAUCUUACUUUUCAGCAAAAUAUUCGAGAUAUGUUAUUAUAAAAAUCCUAAAACUUCGGGAUUUGUUUUAAUCGGGUUAAUUUUAUUAUUUUGCCUUUUUUACUUGACACUCUCGAACCUGGAUUCAUUGAUUAUGCAAGCAUUGACAUCUGAUUUUCAAAGUAUAUCAGUUUUAAAUGUAAACGGAGAUGGUCUAACAUUCCAUGUUAUUGGUUCGGUGUACUUGCAAUAUGAUAAUAUUCAAAACCUUUUUUAUAGGUAUUUUAUGAAACUAGGGGCUGUGAUAGUUGGAAGUAUAAGUGUUAUACCAAAUAAAUCAGUUAAGAUUUUUCUUACCCCAAAGGAUAUAUAUUCUCCACCCAUUCAUGUAUUAGACAUCUACCCUCCAGAAAUCAGUAUAAAUACAGUUGAUAAAAGUAUACUGGAAAUCGACUUUAUAAGUAAGGCCGAGCUAGCUGAAUUAGGAAUAGUAAAAUUUGCCAAUGACUUCAUAGAAUUGAGUCAUUUCAAAGAAAACAUCAACGUUCAAAUUCAAUCUAUCAUUGAUGCUAAAAUCAGUAGUAAAUUUUUCAAUUUUGAAACUAGCGAAUUGAACGUAUUCAUGGAUUAUCAAGUUAAUCCUAAUCAAAUAUUCCCGAAUAUAAAUGUGGAAGAUUUCAGUGUGACAACAAGUAGCUCUUCUGAAAACAAGUUGGAAGCAACUGCAGUAAAAAAUGAUGAGCUUAAGGUUGAUUCUAACAUUAAGGUUGAUGCACAAUUGCCUUUAAAUUUCUUUCUUAGUCCCAUUGAAUGGGACAUUUCACUACGUGACUGCAAUUCAGACUUUAUCAAGUGGGGGGAAUGGAAAACCAACGAGAUAAAUGUUGAUCCAUACCAGCCAGUGAGUUUUAAAUUAGAGAGUUUGAUCAAAGAAACACCUAGAGAAUUUUUGAUACAAUGUGAAGAUGGGAAGCUGGUCUUGAAUCAAUUAGCAUAUAAAAUCAUUAAUCAUGAGGAUUCCUUUAUAGAGUUUAAAAUCAAUGCCAGUGAAAACAAAAAUAAUCAGAAAAACUUACCGCCUUGGUUAUACUAUGUUUUACAAAAUGUUAGAUCGAGAUUCAAGUUUCCAUUGAAAGGGAUCAAGACUGGUUUCAACUUAGAAGAUCUCUUAUUAGAUUAUUUGAUUAAUGAUUUGAGCGUUGAUAUUCCAUAUAAGAGUCAAAAAGAACAGGUUGAAAGCCACAUUAAUGGGAACUUUACCUUACAGAUACAAUUGCCACCCAAUAGUUUCCAGGUUGAUAUAGGGCAGCCAAAGGUCCGGGCCCAUUUUAAUAUCAGGGAUGAAAAAGAGGUAUUAAUUUAUGGAGAGCUGAAUCAGGAGAGUGGAAUCGCAAUCUCCAAGAUUGAAAAUGAUCAACUUUAUGAAAACAUAUUCUUUGAUGUGGAACUAGGUAAUAUGGAGGUCGAUCAAUUAAAUCCAGCUAAGAUUGGUCAUUUAGUUAAUCAAAUUAUCAACGAUGCCCAAGUGGAAGAGCUAUUUAUUGAUGUAUUCAUUGAUGAAUUAGAAAUUGAUUUGCCGUUUUUACAAUCUACAUUCAAAGACUUGAAUUUCAGUAAUAUCAAAAUACCUUACAAGCAAACAUCAAAACAAGUUCACGAAAUGCGGUAUAUUGAUGGUAUACUCAGUGGAUUGAAUGUGAGCGUCAAUGAUAUACUAUACGAAAAGUCUACUGCUGAAGAGCUUACAUUCAAGAUGGAUGUUGAUAUCUACAACCCAACCAAUAUCACUUUGGAAAUUCCCAAGGAAACACUUAGCGUUGAUGUUAUUAGUAAUGGAACCCGGAUUGGAAGUGUUGGUUGUGCAGAUCUUUUCAUUUUGAAAAAAGAAUGGGUCAACAGCAUUCUUGAAAUCAGGCUCAAUCCCAAAGAUGAUUUGGAUAAAAUAUCAUUGGAAAGACUAGUCAGUGAAUUUAUUCUGGGGAUUAAAGAAAUUAAAAUCGGAGCUCAAGGAGGGAAAGUUAAGCAUAACAAACCCCUUGGCCAAUUGCUUAGUCAAUUAACUAUUGAAGACGUACAAAUACCCGACAUAUAUAUUGAACCACCUCAAUUGAAGGACCCUGAAAUUAGCGAAAUCUCAAAACACAAAUCCCCAUUUUUAAUCGAAAGCACCAUUCACAUUUUGAACUCAGAAGUUGAACUCACCAUCUACAACCCAAUUUCCAAUUCAGAUAUCCUCGUCCAUUUACAACAAGCAGAAGCUCAAUACAAGGGAGAAAUCUUGGGCCAUUUGGCCCAACUGCAAACCCUCAAAGUGAGUCCUGGAAUCUACAAGACCCCUCGGAUGCCCUUAAAAAUCAACAACGGAAUCGGAAUGGACAUUCUCCGGAAGGCCAUCAACGGCCAGUUGGAUGUCGAGGUCAUUGCCGUCUUUGAUAUCACCUUGGAUAACUACUCCAUGCAAUUAUUCUACGAGGGACUGGGACUUACUUCCAACAUUAAGUUAUAA